AAGGCCAAGACAAGAAACGGACAUCCACAGUAAGGAUUCAAAGGCAUACCUUUUGCAUUUCUCAGGAGGGUGUAUCAUCAUCAGGGCCAGGCCGGGAGGCCUUUCUCCGCCGCAUUCCCACAUCGCACAACCACCAUGGCCGCCGGUCGCCGCCGCCGCCGCCUCCUCCUCCUCUUCCUCCUCAUCGCCGCCACCGCCUUCACUAGUCUGGCUGCCAAUGAAGAUAUCCACCUCAUCGAAUUCAAAGAAUCCUUGUCGAACACGGCGUCCCUCGAUCCGACCUGGAUCCGAGGCACGAACCCCUGCGACAGCCAGAAGCCGUGGGCGGGGAUCGACUGCGCCGACACCGCCGGCCAGUCGGUCUCCUCCAUCCUGCUCAUGAACCACGGCCUCGCCGGGGAUUCGUCGAGCCUCGACGUCGAGGCGCUGACGAAUCUCGCGACGCUCCGGGUCCUAAGCUUGGAGAACAACAGCUUCUCCGGCGCCGUCCCGGAAUUUAACCGCCUCGGCUCGCUGAAGUCCCUGUUUUUAGGCGGGAACGCCUUCUCUGGCGAGAUUCCGCCGGCGUACUUCGACAGCAUGCGGUCCCUCAAGCGGGUUCAUCUCUCGAGAAACAAGUUCGUCGGGAAGAUCCCCGACUCGUUGAUUCGGAUUGCGUCGCUCCGCGAGGUGUUGCUCGAACGCAACGAAUUCGCGGGACCGAUCCCUUCCUUCGACCAGAAGUCGUUGGAGACGAUCGACUUGUCGUACAACAAGUUGCGGGGCGAAAUCCCUCCAGGCAUGGCUAGAUUCCCGGCGCGGACGUUCGAAGGUAAUCCCGACGUCUGCGGCGCCGUCAUUAACAAGCCGUGCAGCAGCGUGAAUGCAGACGGACUAGAACCGGUGGGGAACGAAUCGAGCAGCUCGGGGAAAACCACAAAGUGGGCGAUAUUAGGGAUCGUCGUAGCCGUGUUGUUGGUGACGAUACUUUUCAAGGCGAAGAGGAAAGAACCGAGUUUCGCCGUGCUAGGAAAGGAAAACCCGAGCGCCGUUAAGAACAAUAAUCGAGCGGUAUCGGUGCAGUCGCCGAGCUUGAACAGGAAAGUCAGCAACAACAAGAGACCAUCCGGAGCACACAUUGAUAUCGAAAGCCAACCGUCUAAGAACAUCGCUGCAAAAACGACGAAUGAUCUCGUGAUUAUAAACAACGAAAGAGGAGUGUUCGGAUUACCUGAUUUGAUGAAGGCUGCCGCGGAGGUUCUCGGAAGCGGUAAUCUUGGAUCGUCGUACAGAGCAUCGAUGGUGAACGGACUGUCUGUCGUUGUGAAAAGGAUGAGACAUAUGAAUAAGCUUAACAGAGAUGCAUUCGAUAUUGAAGUAAGAAAGCUUGGGAGGAUAAGGCACCUUAAUAUCUUGCCGCCAUUGGCGUACCAUUACCGGAAAGAAGAGAAGCUCAUGGUGUCCGAGUAUGUUCCGAAAGGAAGCUUGCUGCUUCAGCUACACGGCGAACGUGGAGCAGAGCAAUCGGAGCUGAACUGGCCGAUUCGGUUGAAGGUCAUAAAAGGCGUAGCUCGAGGGAUGGGUUUCCUCCACACUGAAUUCGCGAACCACGAACUUCCACAUGGAAAUCUCAAGUCGAGCAACAUUCUUCUCGCUCAGAACUACGAGCCACUCCUCACGGACUACGCAAUGUAUUCCUUAAUCAGCAACAAUCAGUCGGUGCAAGCUCUAUCCGCCAGUAAAUCUCCGGAAGCUGUGCGCUACCAACAGCUCACUCACAAGAGCGAUGUAUUCUGCCUCGGACUCGUCAUCCUCGAGAUCAUGACGAGGAAGCUCCCGAUUCAGUACGUCAGCAGCCAGAAAGGCGGAACCGACGUCGUCCAGUGGAUGAGGAACGCCAUCUCCGAGAACAGGCUCGUCGAACUCAUCGAUCCGGAGAUCGCCAGCAACGCGUCCAAGGAUUCAAUCGAUUCGAUGGAGAAAAUGCUGCGGAUUGGCGCUGCCUGCACGGAAGACGACCACGAGCAGAGAAUCGAGAUGAGGGAAGCAAUCCGGAGCAUCGAGGAAAUCCAGAACUGAUAGUGAGCAGAACAACUGCUUUGAUUCGCAUAUUCAUCUGCGAUAAACACUUGAGUUACGAAACGAUCGAUUCGAUCAAUCGCGCAAUUGUACAAUUGAUUAUGAACUGAUUUUUGAAUCAUCAAAGAGAAGCAAGAGAAUUCGAUUACACAGAUUAUACCAUCUGAGCGUUCUUCCUUCCAUUGCAGUAAA